UGUCCAUUUGUGGCACACAUCAGAUCAUUCUUGCAGAGGACACCCUGCUGCCACUUGGGGGUUGUAUUAAUGCAUCAACAUCUGUUGGAGAUCGUAUCACCCUGUUGGAGAUUAGAAUACUGAAUCUUCAGGGGGCGCAGAAACAUAGAGAAAAAUAAAUUUUUAAUACAGAUCAUGAAAGGAAACAAACUGAGGAUGACUUCAAAACCAAAAUGCAUUACUAGUAAUGGCUCUUUCUGUAGAUGUCCCAAAGGGCCUUUCUAGUAUUUCCUGCAUCAUUGUUAUUCCAUUACACUCUAAUAAAUGGGAUUAUUGCAGUGGGCUAAUAGAGGGCUCUUGAGUGCAUGAUGUAAUUGACAAGGGCGUUAGCUGAACUGCUAAUCAUCCGGGGCUGAGCCCAGAUUCUUCUCCAUCAAAAAAAAAAAAAAAAAAAAAUACAAAAAAAUUUUUAAUGUUCUUCUAAAUUACCCUGUUUGCAUGCAUUUGUUUUCUUGCUUGUAAGGGCUUAUAUUGCUUAAAAAAAUGUGAAAAUUUGACAGAACGAUGGAUUUAUCAUAAAAGUUGCCUCGGGUGUAUGAAGGACUAACAGACUGAUAUAAUGUCAAACUUUUUGGCUAUCUAACAUGAGAAUAGACUAGUUUGGUAUCGCUAGGCAUAACUAAGCUAUCAUUGUAUGGGUUUAGCUGGUACAGUGCCAUGCAAAGUAUGUUAGCGCUCCUUAUGCUCUGCUCAUAUCAUAUUCACAAACUUAUAUAGACAUUUACACACCUUCCUGCUCAGCAUGAGAGAAUGUUAGUCUUUUAGUUUCUACCCAUUUACUGGUUUUAAAAAAAUUGUCACCCAAUAAGACACUAGCAUUUCCAUGCAUUUUCCUGCAAACCAUGUCUGAUUGGUCUCGCCUCCGUUCACUGAAGAUGUUACUGAUGUUUAGUUACAUAGUGACAAACCACUACAAGUGGAGAAUUAUUAGGGGCUAAAGAAAAAAUCUUUGAGGCUAUAGCCCUGAAUGCCCAGGGCCAGGUUACGCCCCUGGUAAUUGACACUACUUGCGUUCCUUGCUUGCAUCUUGAGAUCUGUUAAUAAUUUUUACCCUUUACUUGCAUUGACUACAUGUGACCAUUAUUUUUUAAGGGCAAUAAAUAUGUCUUACUAUUUGUUUGUUUUUUUGUAUUGUGUGAACCUGACUAUGUGCCCAUUUUACAGCCAUCUGUUUUGCCCUCGGCUGAUUUGCUGAUUUGUAUUGAAAAUGCCAGAACGUUUAUUGCCAUAGUGCUGCUGUUAGAGGAAAGCAAGAUCAGCCCCACUCUUCGACACAAAGCGUCUAGCAGAUAAAAUACAGGUUAAAUGCUACCACUGGCAGCAAAUCUGUAUACUCAAGAUAUAUCAAUAGCUGUGCCUCAGCUUUCACUGCAAGUUACUUUGACUUUUCUGCUGUCAUUUUAGACCCCACUUGCUGUGACUAAAACUGGGGAGAAGGAGAGACUGCUGUAGUCUCUGUUGUAGCCUAAAUGAGACAAAACCAGGUCACAAAUGCACUGCUGUUACCCAGUGUGGUAGUAAGCACCGUUUGAGCUGUGUACCUUUGAUCAAGACAUGCUUUGGAGUGCAGAUGCUGGAGGCCCAAUCUUUACUGCAAUGAUGAACUGACAGUAUGGGAUUCUCUGCACUAACACUCUCUUCAGCUAUUUUGAUGGUCAGGCCAGUGUAAUAUCCUUACAGACAGCUAGUAUCUGGAUAUGAGAGAGAGAGAGAGAGAGAGAGAGAGAGAGAGUGUGUGUGUGUGUGUGUGUGUGUGUGAGAGAGAGAGAGAGAGAGAGAGAGAGAGAGAGAGUUUCAGGCUUAAUAGAGCUCUGCGCCUCACUCCAAGCUGAGUACCGACACACUGAACUGGACCUAAACUGAAGUUUACGCACACUGACCAGACAGACUGGAUAUCCAUGCGGAGGAGUCUACGUGUUUUUUGAACAACAUUUCUGAACAUUUUGAGCAACAUGUUCUUUUCCAGUUUCUACAAAUUGUGAUUGCUAACAGAAAUCUCUCGAACUGAAGGGGAUGACAGGAUGGUGGGACCGUCACACAGUAAUCACUGGGUGAAAACAGUGUGACGGCGCACAUCGGCGCUCCGUUUUGAGGACUGGAGAGUGCAUUGCUUUCUCCACAUUUCUUCGCUUCUUUGCAAGCCGAGACGAGCGGUUUCUCAACGCAGCCUCACUUAUGAACACCUGUUGUGCGUCUUUGCUGAUCAGUUCAUAUGCGCCGGGAUUUUUCGCAGCGACUGAAAUCCAGCAUCAGUGGAACAUGGCCUAGCAACGAUGUCCCAGCUGUAUUACCGCCGUACUGGUAACUCCUCAUAUCGAGACCGCAUCCCUCUUCGGAUUGUGCGGGCCGAAUCAGAAUUAUCCCCCCUAGAGAAGGCCUACCUGAAUGCUGUAGAGAAGGGUGACUAUGCCAGUGUGAAGCAAGCCCUGGAGGAGGCUGAGAUCUACUUCAAAAUCAACAUCAACUGCAUUGACCCACUUGGCCGCACAGCCCUACUUAUCGGCAUUGAGAAUGAGAACCUGGAGAUCAUCGAACUCCUGCUCAGUUUUAAUGUAUACGUGGGUGACGCGCUGCUCCAUGCCAUACGCAAAGAGGUGGUGGGUGCUGUAGAGCUACUGCUCAACCACAAGAAGCCCAGUGGGGGCAUGCAGGUGCCUCCUAUUCUGCUGGACAAACAGUUUUCUGACUUCACCCCUGACAUAACGCCCAUUAUUUUGGCUGCUCACACCAACAAUUAUGAAAUCAUCAAGCUUCUGGUGCAAAAGGGCGUUUCGGUGCCCCAGCCACACGAGGUGCGCUGCAAUUGUGUGGAGUGUGUAUCUGGCUCAGAUGUGGAUAGCUUGCGGCACUCACGCUCCCGUCUCAACAUCUAUCGCGCACUGUCCAGCCCAUCGUUGAUCGCCCUGUCCAGCGAAGACCCAUUCCUCACGGCUUUCCUCCUCAGCUGGGAGCUGCAGGAGCUCAGCAAGGUGGAGAAUGAGUUCAAGGCUGAAUAUGAGGAGUUGUCGCACCAGUGCAAACAAUUCGCCAAGGACCUGCUGGAUCAGACACGCAGCUCACGAGAGCUUGAGAUCAUCCUCAAUUACAGAGAUGACAUAAAUCCUCUGGAGGAUGAGGGCAACAACAAUGAUCUUGCCAGGCUCAAACUGGCCAUCAAGUACCAUCAGAAGGAGUUUGUAGCACAGCCAAACUGUCAGCAGCUUCUAGCAUCCCGCUGGUAUGAUGAGUUUCCAGGCUGGAGGAGACGCCACUGGGCCGGCAAGUUUGUCACAUGCAUUUUCAUCGGCCUCCUGUUCCCUCUCUUCUCCAUCUUCUAUCUGAUAGCCCCUAAGAGUCACUAUGGCCUUUUUAUCCGCAAGCCCUUCAUCAAGUUCAUCUGCCACACUGCCUCUUACCUGACCUUCCUCUUCCUCCUUCUUCUGGCCUCCCAGCAUGUGGUCACCACAGACUCGGGUCGGCAGGGUCCAGCUCCCACCACUGUGGAAUGGAUGAUACUGCCUUGGGUGCUCGGAUUUAUAUGGGCUGAGAUCAAACAGAUGUGGGAUGGAGGCUUUCAAGAUUAUGUCCAUGAUUGGUGGAACCUUAUGGAUUUUGUCAUGAAUGCUCUCUAUCUAGCCACUAUCUCUCUAAAGAUUGUAGCUUACACAAAGUACAGUGACGUCAAACCCAGGAAUGAUUGGGAGAUGUGGCAUCCUACCCUGGUGGCAGAGGCACUAUUCGCCAUUGCCAACAUCUUUAGUUCGCUGCGCUUGAUCUCGCUCUUCACAGCUAACUCCCACCUGGGUCCUCUGCAAAUCUCUCUGGGCCGCAUGCUACUGGACAUCCUUAAAUUCCUAUUUAUCUACUGCCUUGUACUUCUGGCUUUUGCGAAUGGCCUCAACCAGCUAUAUUUUUAUUAUGAAACCGAGGCUUCAAACAAGACAGGGAACUGCAAGGGUAUUCGCUGUGUACAGCAGAAUAAUGCAUUCUCCACGUUAUUUGAAACCCUCCAGUCUUUGUUCUGGUCCAUAUUUGGCCUCAUCAGUCUGUAUGUGACCAACGUUGACCCAGAACACCAGUUCACAGAGUUUGUUGGAGCCACCAUGUUUGGAACCUAUAACAUUAUUUCUCUGGUAGUGCUUCUCAACAUGCUAAUUGCCAUGAUGAACAACUCGUAUCAACAUAUUGCUGAUCAUGCUGACAUUGAGUGGAAGUUUGCUCGAACUAAGCUAUGGAUGAGCUACUUUGAAGAGGGAGGUACUUUGCCUCCUCCAUUUAAUAUAAUUCCCAGCCCUAAGUCUGCAUGGUACCUGAUCAUGUGGAUCAAGAAGCACAUCUGCAAGAGGACAAGAUCAGAGAGAACUGCGACUUUUGGGUCAAUUAGUAGGAGAGCUGCAAGGAAUGUCCACAUCAAUCACCAGUAUCAGGAGGUGCUGCGAAACUUGGUGAAGCGGUACGUGGCUGCAAUGAUCAGAGAUGCCAAGACAGAAGAAGGCCUAACAGAAGAGAACUUCAAGGAGCUAAAACAGGACAUUUCUAGUUUCCGAUAUGAAGUGUUAGGAAUGAUGAAAGGAAACAAACCUUCCAAAGGAAGUACAGGAGCCUCAAACAUGGCCUAUUGUGAACAUCCUAUGAAGUGUUCAACAGCUCCUACUGGAGAAUCACUGAAGAGCAAGCUUAAACUUUUUAAUGUCACUACCUCUAUUCUUCAACAAAAUUCAAAAGCAAAUACAAAGAAUACAGAACACUACCUUGCUAAUGGGUCCAUCCGUACACCAUCAGAAACCACAUCAAGCAACAGGACAAGUGAUUUCUCUGGAUUGUAUCACCAAAUCUGGCAUAGGGGGACAAACGAUCCUGGCAGGAUUUAUUCGGUGUGUGAAGAGGUUGGAGAGUCAGAUACAGAGGAACUGGGGGAGAAAACCAAGAAUGACAAACCCUCUGAGUCAUUGAUUAUGAAAAAGGCCAAUGAAAAUGAAAUGGGUGAAAGCAGUAAUGAGACAAAAGAAGUGCACAAAAUGAUAGAGGAAAGAAACAGAUUUUCUGACAUACCAUGUAUAUGUGACAACGACGUGAAUGACGAGAGUACUGAAAAUUAUGAAGAAAUCAGCAGAUUAUAGUAGCAUACAACCACUAUGAGAGGAACAAUCACACACCAGUUAAGCCAAACUAGUAGCUUCUUUGGGAAUCAACUUGUCUGAACUGUUACAGAUAUCCAUUCUUCUGUCUUUAAGAUUCUAGAGAAAGGUGUUGAUUGAGACCAUAAACAGUAAACAUUUAAAAUGUACAGGUUGCCUGAAUCACCAAUAUAGUGCAUGUACAUGCCCUGCUGAGGAUUUCUCUGAAGGAGACUCAGGGAUGACUGUCAUUUUGGGAGUAUUCUAGGGAUUGGAAGCUAUGGCCGCAAAAGGAUAUGUUGCCAGUAAUUUCUGUCCAUUAGCACUUUUGUUUGACUCUGUGGUUUCAACUUGGUAUCCAUAUCUUAGCAAGCUUUUAUAAUCAGUAUUCUACUGGUUUAAUUGCUCAUCACAAUAAAAUAAAAUUGUAGGUGUAAUAAUGGAAGCAUCAGAAGCAAUUGGCCAGGUGAGGCUUUUCUUAAUAGAGUUUUGGAACUAUUUAAAAAUAUUCCAGAAACAUCUGUAUAAUAAAUAUUGGCACAGGCAUGAGCCCACAGAGCAAAAUAAAACAUCUUCAAAAGUUUUCAGGAUGGCUGCCUGAAGCUGACCAAUGCCUGUUCACCACCCUGAAGUUUCACAUACAGUUGUGCUCAUAAAUUUACAUACGCCUUGCAGAAUCUGCAAAAUGUUAAUAAUUUAAAAAAAUAAGAAUAAUAAGAGGGUUCAUUAAAAUUGCAUUUUGCUUUUUUAUUUAGUACUGCCAUGAAUAAACUAUUUCACAUAACAGAUGUCCACAAGACACAAUACUAACUGAAUUAACACAAAUGAAUCAGUUCAAAAGUUUACAUAGCCUUGAUUCUUAAUACUAUGUGUUGUUACCUGGAUGAUCAAUGACUGUUUUUAUGUUUUGUGAUAGUUGUUCAUGAGUUCCUUGUUUGUCCUGAGCAGUUAAACAGCCCACUGUUCUCCAGGAAAAAUCCUCCAGGUCCUGCACAUGUUCUUUUCCAGCAUCUUCUGCAUAUUUGACCCCGUUCCAACAGUGGCUAUAUGAUUUUGAUAUACAGCUUUUCACACUGAGGGAUUCAUACACCUUAAUUACAAAAGGUGCAUACAUUCACUGAGGCACAAGAAGGCAACACGAUACAUGAUAAGAGCCAUGGGGAUGUAAAGUUUUGAAUAGGAUGACUGAUGUAAAUUGUUAUUAUUUUGUCUUCUGAGAAACAUGUAAAUAUCUUGUUUAGCUUCUGAAGGGCAGUAAUAAAUAAUAAAAAAAAAUAAGAUCUUUAACAAAAUAAUAAAAAUUUACACCAAUCAUCCUGUUCAAAAGUUUACAAAAUAGAGUAAAAGCUUUCCAAAUAUUUUCUCUGUGUAUUUUCCAAUCUGUGUUCUCUGUGUAUUUUGUUAUCUAAUUUGUGCAUUUUAUUUUCUAACCUUUUAAAAAAGUUUGACAUGAACUUGAUAGUGUUAGCAUAAAUGCUAAAACUGUUGCUAGAGUACAAAAACAAAAAGAUCCGCAAGCAGAGUUGUUGAAUUACUUACUUACUUUUGAAAAACUCACCAACACCCUGCCUUAGUCAUUAUCAGCAAUCCUUAGUUGUCUAGCUGAACAACAUCUCAACUGUUUUGCAAUAUACUAAACACCACAACAAGGGUAACUCAGACAGGGGCGUAGU